AUGGCUGCUGCAGACAAAUUCUCGAAGGAGUCUUUUUUCGCUUCACCUCUUUACGACUUCCUGUCACCUUUUCGCCCAGUUGGAAACCAGUAUUAUGCUGAAUAUGUAAUAGUCAUAUUUGCACUUGUAAUAAGAUGUGCCGUUGGCUUGGGCUCGUAUUCAGGUGAGAAUACAGGUCCAAUUCAAGGCGACUUUGAAGCUCAGCGACACUGGAUGGAGAUCACGACUAGUAUCCCGAUCUCUCAGUGGUACUGGUUUGACCUAAAAUACUGGGGUUUAGACUAUCCUCCUUUAACCGCUUACCAUUCAUAUGUUCUUGGGAAAUUGGGUGCGCUUCUCAAUCCCGACUGGUUUGCCCUUGGGUCUUCUCGCGCUUUAGAAACUGCCGACCUCAAGUCAUACAUGAGAUUCACGGUGAUUUUGAGCGAGGUCGCCCUUUACAUCCCGGGAGUCAUUUACUUCACAAAAUGGUUCGGUAUCAAAAGGCGUCAGUCCCCAAUUGGCACAUAUAUUGCAGCGGCUGCCAUUUUGUUUCAACCCUCUCUUAUACUGAUUGAUCAUGGCCAUUUUCAAUAUAAUUCUGUCAUGCUGGGGCUCACUGUUUACGCCAUCAACAACCUGCUGGAUGGAUUUUAUGGUCCUGCUGCCAUUUGUUUCGUGCUAUCCAUAUGCUUCAAGCAAAUGGCACUUUACUACUCCCCUAUUUUUUUCGCCUACCUUCUAAGCAAGUCGCUGUUUUCGCCAUCCUUCAAUAUACCGAGAUUCAUAUCUGUGGCACUGUCAACAAUUCUGUCGUUUUGUGUUGUGUUUUCCCCACUCUACGUAUUUGGCGGUGUCAAGAAUGUCUUACAGUCCAUUCACAGAAUAUUUCCUUUUGCCAGAGGAAUCUUCGAGGAUAAAGUCGCCAAUUUCUGGUGUGUUUCGAACGUUUUGUUCAAGUACUCUCAGAAUUACACUCAACAAGAGCUUCAAAAACUUUCAAUGUAUGCCACUGCUGCUGGAUUUUUACCUGCUUUUGCCAUAGUGUUCUUGUACCCAAAAAGGCACUUAAUACCCUUCGGUUUGGCCGCAUGCUCCAUGGCUUUUUUCCUUUUCAGUUUUCAAGUUCAUGAGAAAUCAAUCUUGGUUCCGCUUCUUCCAAUCACACUGUUGUACUGCUCGACCGACUGGAAUGUGCUUUCUAUGGUGAGCUGGAUCAACAAUGUUGCCUUAUUCACACUGUGGCCCCUUUUGAAGAAAGACAAUCUUGCCUUGCAAUAUGUGGUGAUGAUGAUCUUGAGCAACUGGUUGAUUGGCAACUUCAGCUUCUGUACCCCCCGCUUUUUGCCUCGCUUUCUGACUCCAGGACCAUCAGUGAGCGACGUUUCUGAAUCUUAUAGAAGGAGGAGCUUUCUACCGAACAAUCUUUUGUGGAAACUAAUUAUCGUUACAUCUUACGUGGCCAUGGGUAUUAUUCAUGUUUUGGAUUUCUUUGUACAGCCGCCUAAAAACUUGCCUGACAUGUGGGUGCUCCUAAACUGCGGGUUGGGCUUUUCAUGCUUUGCGCUGUUCUGGCUGUGGAACUACUACAAGCUAUUUACCAUGAGAAAUACAACCUUCUCGGCAUUUUGA